CUUCACCCUGACUUCUUCCCCAGUUCAGAGAACCUGGGCAUCCAGCUGCCCCACCCCAGCUCUGGGUAAACAGGAAGCUGGGUGAGGGGAGCAGGGGUGUGCGGAAAGUCCCAGCCAGGUGUGUGGGUCUAUGGGGAGGGGGUGGCCCCACCCCUGAAGUAUGAAAGCCCCCCUGCCCUGGCCCUGGCUCAGUCUCAAUGGGGUCACUGGGGCUAGAGGGCAGGGGUAGGAGGCCCCAGGGGAAGGGCUGCCUCCUGCUGGCUGUGGCAGGAGCCACUUCCCUGGUGACCCUGCUGCUGGCUGUGCCUAUCACUGUCCUGGCUGUGCUGGCCUUGGUGCCCCAGGAGCAGGGAGGAGGCCUGGUAACAGGGACGGCUGACCCGGGGGCGCAGGCCCAGGCCCAGCAGCGUUUGGGGUCGCAGGAGCUGCCAGAGGAAGAGGCAGAAACAGAUUUCAGCUCCAGGCUCCCCGCCGCCCACCUCAUAGGCGCCUGGACGAAGGGGCAGGGGCUGGGCUGGGAGGCGAAGAAAGAAGAGGCGUUCCUGAGGAGCGGGACGCAGUUCUCGGUCGCCGAGGGGCUGGCGCUGCCGCAGGACGGCCUCUAUUACCUCUACUGUCACGUCGGCUACCGGGGCCGCGCGCCCCCUGCCGGCGGGGGCCUGCUGGACCAUUCGGUCACGCUGCGCAGCCGGCUGUUCCGGGCGGGGGGCGCCUACGGGCCGGGGACUCCCGAGCUGCUUCUCGAGGGCGCAGAGACCGUCACCCCGGUCCUGGACCCGGCCCGGACGCGCGAGUACGGGCCCCUCUGGUACACGAGUGUGGGUUUUGGCGGCCUGGUGCAGCUCCGGAGGGGCGAGAGGGUGUACGUCAACAUCAGUCACCCCGAUAUGGUGGACUACAGGAGGGGGAAGACCUUCUUUGGGGCGGUGAUGGUGGGGUGAGGGCGGGGGAAACGACUGCCUGGUAGGGACGUGUGACUCAGCCCAGGUAUUGGGGACCCAGACGCCAGGGACCCCAUGGCGGUGGGGAAAAUGCAGGAGACUGUCCUGAAACUGAUGGCAAACCUGAAGAAAAUAAAGAAUGUAAAGCUUUAGUGCUGCGGAGCACGGGUG